AUGUCAGACCGGUACAACUUUCGACGUAGUACUCGCGUGAAGCAACUACCACCCCACCGCCAUAGGGGUCCACCACAAGAUCCAACUCCACGCAUAGCGCUCAAGGUAGAAGAGCUAGACCUUGAAAAAUCCUACGUUGGCACUUUCGUGUCACCUAAACGACAAAGGCCAAAGAAAAGCAGACCAUGGGCCAAACAGACAGGAACAGACCCCAUCACCGACCCAGCUAAGCUUCCUCGCGGGUGGCAUAUGAAGGAAGACGAUCUUGAACAUAACGAUAUCGAUGGUCAAAUCGAAAGAUGUCAUGAGAGAAUUGCUGAAAACAUAAUGCCCCAUGUUUUCCAGCAAAGGUUACAGGACUAUACAGCUGCAAAGGUCAAAGAGGACGAUAUGAGAUUCCCGGGGUCGGAAGAGCUCAGCUGGGAGACCGUUCAACGGGUGCAUGAAUUGGAAACGAUGAAGACAGAUCUGGCGAGCACUACGGAUGACUACGAGCAGCUUCCAAACAUUGGGGCUCUCUUGGAAGCAUAUACAUCGGGCGAGCUUCAUUGGAAUACAGGUCUUGUUACAUAUUGGUGGAAGGGAGCCCAGGUUUCUCAACCAAGACCAUUUGACUGGGAUGAAUUUGAAGCGAUUAAUUCCCACCACCAGGGUUACAAAGGCUUUUGGGUGGAAGGGAUCUGCGGCCUUGAAAAUGAGAGCUCCUAUGCAGCGAUGACACUAUUUCCACAUUCACGAUAUCAAAAGCUGAUUGGCUUAACAUUAGCAAUCCGUCUUCCAGGAAUAGCAUGGUUUGCCGAGUUGGAAUUUAUCCACGAUACUGGGUGCAGUAGGAUGACCAUGUUCCAAGCGGAUCUUAGUGUGCUUCUUGGUCCUUUUGGCGGAGCUGUUGGUCCAAGAGUACCGGUCAUCUGUAUGUCAACAUCUAAUACUGGUAAUGGCCUCGUAACUAGGGAAGUGAUUGAAGUAGAAGUCACCAUCCUUGAUGGAAAUCGUCAAAGAAUGAUCGCUUGGACUAGAACCUUUUGCAAUCUCGUUCCAGGAGGCUGGUCACCCAAUGGUGCCCCCCGACUAGACGGUCCAAUUGUGUCAGAUUUGUUAUACGUGGCAAGCGUACCCAAUGGCAUCCAUCAGUUAUAUGUCUCAACCACGAGAUUUGAACUUGGCCUCCCAGACCUGAAUCUUGCUACCAACCCUGGACAGCAUAUGCCAACAGUACUCAAUCCCUUGCCACCAGGAACGUUCGCCACUACACAUGGCCCUUGGUUACCCUCGGUGGGAGGAAAUUUAUGGUUCCCGCCAGCAGCAUCCGGAGUUCCUUGA